CUUCGUUCUUCAUCAAUCGAUUAAUCAAUCGAUCGAUCGAUCUAGCUUUCUCUCUCUAUCAGAUCUCCAUUUCUCCAUUUCCAAAUCUCCUCACAGUAAUGGCUAAAGGUGCAUCUCAAUCACAAUCAUCUACCUCCUCCGGAGGAGCAACAAGACCUGGUCCAGUCGGAGUAGCGCCGCGUGGAUCUGCCGCCGCUACAGCUGGAAUGCGUCGUAGGAGGAUCGGUGGAUCAUCAUCAUCAUCAAGUGGAUCUGCUGGAUUCAGUGCUGGAAGUGGAAGUAACGUACUCAGAUUCUAUACCGAUGAUGCACCUGGACUCAAAAUCAGCCCUACUGUUGUUCUUGUUAUGAGUCUUUGCUUUAUCGGCUUUGUUACUGCUCUCCAUGUCUUUGGAAAGCUUUACCGCUACAAAUCUGGUAGUCCUUAAUCUUCAUCUCUUUAGAUCUACCACGUUUGAUCGAUCGAUUGAUUGAUUGAUUGAAUCUCAGAUCGUUUUCUUUGUUUUCGAUCCGGUAAUUUGGUAACUGAUACACGAAGUUUUGAUUUGUAUGAUUUUCUUAGUUUGAACUUGAACUUGAACCGCAAUUCAGCUUUUGUUUUGGAUAAGUUAAAUUUAUUGUUCUUCUUUGGUUUAAUUUAAUGAUGGAUUUGUUUUCAUGUUAUA